UCUCGGAGCUGCUGGACGAUCUGCUGGAAGCUGCGCGGAGAUUUGGCCUCCGACUGACCAAGAUGGAGGAAUUUCAUAUCAGCCAAUCACAGACCGUUACCCUGCGACAUCAUUGGAUUCAGCCCUUCAUCCAAUCACUGCGGGAGAGGCUGAGCUCGGCCAAUCGGUUCCUGUGUGUCGCCGAACGAUUGAAGGUUUACACCAAUCAGGAGAGGACCAGGACAUUCCUGGGUCUGGAGGUGACGGUGGGGCGGAGUCAGCUCCGGGACGUGGUGACCGAGGUGGACCGAUCUCUGAAGGACUUCAGUCUGGAAACCUUCUACCAGAAUCCCUCCUUCCAUGUCAGUCUGGCGUGGUGUGCGGGCGACAGGGAGGAUCUCCUGCAGGGGGCGGUGCGCGAUCAUCUGCAGGUGAGAUGGGCCGCCUCCCCGUUCCUUCCAGUUAUAGCUCCGCCCACUGACCAAUGA